AACAUCCAGUGUAUAAAUUCACGCACGUUUUUAUUAUCGGAGCAAAUUGAGCUCAUAAAGCCUUAAUUACAUCUUGAAGUGGAUUUGUCUGUUUCGAAUAUGAACUGGAAAUUCAUCUCUGACAUCACUACAAAGGCUGAUUGCGCCGCCUGAUGGACAGUUUUCGUGAUAAAUUUGGAAAAAUUUUCGAAUCGAAAAUGAAAUUCCGUAUAAAACCCAAACAUCUGGGUUUUAACAGAAGUCUUUCAGACCGCACCACAUGGUUUAUAAAAAAAUUACCUCAAAUCCACAAAGAAACCAGACAUAUUCGAACAAACAAAGUGGAAUGAGCUCAUUGUGAAUUCGAUCUUCGGGGGGGAGUCAAGAGUGAUUUCCGCCUAGAUCAUAAUACAGACCAAUCAGCGUGAAGGAUGUCUUAUUGAAAUUGUUAUUGCGUAACACCCCAACAGACAACUAUAGACGCGCCAGUGUGUCUAGACAUACACGUGAGCAAGAAUAGCCAAUCAGGUUUUGUUUCUAUUGCUGGUAGGUCGACGCUCAGCUACCGUUGUGUGCGAUGGUUGGCAAAGGAAUUAGUUGAGGUGAAUCUUCCAGCUCCUUAGAUGCUGUCUAGACGCUCCAGCUUGCGUCGUGAUAAAGCGACUUCCAUCUUUCGUUGGCUCAGAAGACCACGCAAAUUUCGCAGAUCAGCUAAAUGUGAUCGCUAGGAACAAAUGUUAUAUGUUCAAGUUGUUCGGAUUUGUAAGCAAACUGUCCCUGCUCGACAAAUACUCGGUUAUUUACGGAGACCGCACGAAUCUCUUGCCUGACGAAAGUGCUGAAUUAAAAGCACUGGCUCAUUCAAUCCUGAAGCGACUUAGAGAAAAGGACUUCUCUUGUCUUGUCAGGGCGCUGGAGAAACGAGGUGGCUGCGAAACACCUUGUAUAUUUUUCCAAACACAUGAGAGACUGGGAAAGCGAGUGGUGGUCGAACCACAAGUUGUUUUGUUCCGAAUAUUUCGCCUGCCACAGAUUCGAAGCUUAAGCGAACUAAAGCAUAUCGCGGCAUGUUCGGCGUGCCAUGAUAUCGACGGGAAAGUGUGUAUAAAUCCAUUCCACUACAGUGCAACGAUUAGUUCAGGUUUGUUCACUGUUGUAAAAUCAGAAAUCUUCGCAAUAAGCGACUUAUGUCAGUGUAUAGGAGAUAAAAUAUCUUCGCAUCUCAUUUGCAUACGAGACGUUUUCAUUUCGCUUUGUGGAUCUGUUCAAGGUUGUGAUUUAUUUCAUUUCUUUCUUUACAGGACCAGUCGAUGCGAUUUUAACGUCAUUUCCCAGCGUUAUGAAAAUGGAAAGCGGCGAAAGUUCAGGUAUGUACAGUGAAGUGAAACUGAGUUGCUAAUCUGAAGUUUCGUGUCCGCAUAUUCUUUCCAGACAUACCCGUCUACAUCAGUCAAAGAUUUUCCGUUUUUCUUCGCAGGGUUUAUAAGCAACCUUACUCAGUCAUCUACUUGUCGCUUGGAUAGCAGAACUUUAUCUUCACAGUCCACAGGUAAAUAAAUCAAAUAUCCUUGUAUAUAUGACUUUUGCCGUGUAAAUUAUGUCGUGCAAGAUUCCAACUCAUUCGUUCCGACGGGAUCCGAGUGCUUUGCUUUGUUAAGUGCGUAACCUCCGCUUCAUCGAAGUGCUCAAUUAUUUAUCAAAACCAAUACAGUAUUUACAUCCUUUUGCGCGAUGUGAUCCUGUUCGUAUCUAAACUGAAUCUAUUUUCGUGUCUCUUUUAGGAUCAGUCGAUCCUUUUGUUCCCGGAAAACCUUGGUGUUCAAUCGCUUAUUGGGAACUAAAUGAGAGAAUCGGACCCAUAUUUGAAGGGACAUCAGACGUGAUCAAUGUGUUUGAAACGCUCCCAGAGCCUACAGGAUUUUGCCUGGCGGAAUUAAACCGGCGCAACGAUGUGUCUGAGGGAACUAAAAGAGUUCGAGCACAGAUUGGUUAUGGACUGCAGUUGACACGCGAAAGCGAUGGAAUAUGGAUUUACAACCGUAGCGAUUAUUCUUUAUUUGCAAAUGGCCCUACACUGAUUUACACGAAUGAAAGCAGUCCUACUGGAAAAUUGAGACAUAAUAUUGUGGUGCAUAAAAUCCCUCCUGGUUAUUCGCUCAAGGUUUACGAUUACAAACUGUCUUCUCAAGUAUGUCGCGCAGUCGACAGCGCUGGAGUGCGUUGUAGUCAUCCCGACUCGGUUAGAAUAAGUUUUAAGAAAGGUUGGGGAGCGACUUUGUCAUCUAAGAAGUACUGUCGCCCUCUAGUAACUUCCUGUCCUUGCUGGAUAGAAGUACACCUUUCAGUUGCGGAGUAGCACGCGUGUACGCGAAGGAGUCUACAAAAGCGGGAUUUGUUUUGAAAUGGCGUUUCUUGUUGUUCGAGUGAUCGGGCCAAACAUUCUAAAGAUCUAUAGUCACACAAGUACGAUACUGUCGUAGAUCGUAGAUUAUAUUAUGUAUAUUGUAUAUAGAAUAUUGACUGACGGAAAUAUAAUUUAAAGUUCUAUAAAAGAGCUCGGACGAAGUCCGAAAAACAUUUCAAAUUUGGACUCCAAAGUCAUAGAUAGGUUUCUCUCCAAAGGAGAAAAACAAUCCUUUGUACAGCUUUAUUGUUAAGUUGUAUUAUGUCGUUACUCGAGUGAAGAAAUACACUUAAAAAUGAAUAUAUUAUAUUUUCAGUGACAACUCUUGUGUUAGUGGUUGUGGUUUAGUCUUCGGUAUCCGGUGUAAGGUGUUGAGUUCAUCUUGAACUGAAAGAACUCCGAUAUCAGACUUAUCUUCUUGAGAGCGAGAUGACUGGCUAGGCGUACGAUUAGACCCACUCUAUUGAGAAAAGUGUUUUAUUUCUGCCUCAUGUCGCAUCAUCGGCAACAAAACCAAUAGCGAUGAAUGUCUCGAAAGCCAGCUACGGUCUUAAGUAAUCUAUGCCGGCACUAGAAGUCUCAGUAAAGAUUGUCUUUCUUUUAUCUCAGUAAUUUAAGCAUGAGCGACAAGAACUCCGUUUGAAGCUUCCUUGUCUAAAUGACGGUCAAUAAAUCAUGGAAUGACUGACUGUCAUCCACUCAUAGCAUGAGUCAGGAGUCAUACGACUUCGGAAAGGUGCGCGCUUGGUGUGAGAAAUAAGGUCGUAAUUGCCAUUAGCGAAAAAUUUGGCCAAGAUGCAAAAUUAAGAGCGUCUGUUCAGUGAAUAGUUUCCUAAUCUUUUGUGAUAUUAAGUCUAAAAACUCUUGAUUGGGGAUUAUGGUAUAGUUGAGUGCGGCAUAAUACACGUGUUUUGAUAACACACACACCUCCUGUUAACUCUUUUUUCUUGCCAAUGAUGAGAAAGAAAGGACAGCAUUUGUGAACGGGUGAAAUUUAAGACGAACAGAACAGUGCCAAAGAUCCUUGAGCGAUCGGGCUACUCAAAUUUGCCUUCCAUGUCAUAGGUGCACGGAAACGCCGAUAUAAUCACGCUGUAUGCAGACAUUUUCUGUUGACAAUUUAAACAGUUUUUCUGUUUUCGUGGACAAUUGAUAAUGAUGUCGGGAAUAUAUGCAAAUGUAUGGCGGCCUUGUGAGGGAAUAAUUUUCAGACAUGACAAAUUUAGAUGUGACGAUAUUGAAAGAGAAUACAGUCUGGGAAUGGGGCACCUGUUUUUUCCUUUCUGUGAAAUUGAAAAAUCUAGUAAUCAACAUUACAGUUUUCUGGACUAAAACGUACCUCUUUUGAUAUAAAACAUUUUUCACCGAAUGCGAGGCUCGCGUAUCAUCAGAACGUGCCGAAACCCAAGAAGACUGACGUACGCCUCGAAUAUAAUUUCCGAAUUAAUCGCUUGAGAGAUUCUUUUCACGUAAUUAAAAGUGGUCAGCCAGCGUCUUAAUUGCGUUCUUCAAAACGAGAAAAACAUUGACAAAUUCUCAGGUUAUUGUAGCAAUUCUAAGUUCUGAAUAUUCUAAUAUUUCAUGAAUUCGAGAAUGAACUUUCGUACUUUGCCAUGCGCAACUCUAACAGAUUUCUGAGUGUCGAAUUAUCCAGCCACCUUGUAUAGCGCCAUAUCGAGAACAGAGAUCAAUAGUAUAUCCAGGUAUAGAAUCAUAAAAGUUAAAAAGUGUCGAUCGUAAGGUUUGGGAGCCUAAUCGUGGUUUUCACUUCUGGUAUAAACUUUGCUGUUUUAAAGUAACAGAAAAAAUGAGCUAAACACAAAAAUUGAAAGAGAAGCGUCAGAAGCGGAACUUGCUUCCCAAAAUUUAAAUACAAGUCAGACAUGACAUAUGGCGGAUUUUUGUCCAACGCUGUGCGUGUAGCCACUGUGGCAUUUUUCGCAUAAGUUGAAUAAUUUGCCAACAAAAGAUUAAAGAGGUUGCUAUAAAUAAAAAAAUAUCUCGUGAAUGUUUGACUGUCUUAACUGUGAAGUUUUUUUCAGGGUUUUUGUUUUUUUUCGAACUAUGCAGCAUCCUUUUUGACCGUGCAUUGGGCGCCGAAAUAGAACCUCAUGCGCGCACGUGCGAGCCUAUGACCCGCAGACGCGCAGUGCCAAUUUUGCUCCGUUCAAGGAAGUCGAUGUUAAAAGAUGAAGAAAAAAAUGUUGUCUUCUCUGUCACUAAUAACGAGAGUGAGUUCAAACCGACGGAUCUUUUAGUUUCAAUUGUAAUUAGAAGAGUAAACUUCAUUUUAAAGUGUAAUUCUUUUUUUCUUAUCGACUACUUUUGACUUUUGUUUUAAUAAUUUGAAGCGGAAAGUCCCAGUUGGUUCCGUAAGACACGUGUAAUUUUAAGGCAAGCAUUUUAGUCAAUCUGAAAAAGUGCUAGAGGGAGGCGUCAUGAUUCUCUUGCAGGCGUGAACGUUGUAUUUAUAGGCGCUUGUUUGCGCUUAAAAACGUUUUUCACUUUUUGAGACAAUUGAGGGCUUAGGUAUUCAUAUUGAAAUGGCCAACAGCUGAGUCUAGCCAGAAAAUGACAAACAGACGCCAUGCACGCGCCAGAGCAGAACAUUUCUUGGGUUCACCUCGCAAGGGAAUGGAUGUUCCUCCAAGGACUGUCUGUCAUAACAGACGGGAAAACCAGCAAAAAAUUGCGAUUUUUUUCGCGUGGUGUAAUAGAAGCAAAUGACAAGCUUAUAAAAAAGUGAUACCAGAAAAGUGUCAGUUCGUGCAGUCUUUCGUGCGCGAGUGCUUUUAGCGCAUUGUACAUGUUUGACGCGCGUAAAAGGAAAAUGACAAUAGUUACAGGUAUUUGUUUUCUAACUGUCUAGAGAUUAAACAGUGGAAUCGUAACUGAGUUCUUGGGAAAGCCGAGGUUGACGUUUUUAUGAAUGUCUGUCUGCCGACAUUGCAAAAGGUCCUCCUACAUUUUCAGCCGUCGGCUUUCUGUUCCUGUGGAUACACUUGUAGCUAUGGUCAGUAAGAUGGUCUGCAGAAAUGCGAGACUGAAAAGCUCUGUUAAACUGAAAAGUGAAAAUCGAAAGGGAAACAACUUUUCACCACAAACAAAAGAAACGCUUAUAGUACGCGAUCUGAAUAACUUUCUUGGCAAUUUUGGUCAAGUCGUUUUAAAACAUUAUAGG